AUGACUGAAGAAGAAAGUAUACUGAUCGACCUUGUACAAGGGUUCGAACAUUUGUACAACAAAAAACACCCAUUAUUUGAGGACAAACUAGCAAUUGAAAAUGCCUGGAAAACAGUGGCAAGCGUCAGAUCCCAGGUAAUAUUAGAAAAAAACUUAUUUUUAUUAUGUUCAAUACUAUUGACCAAGGAAAAUAUACUGAAUAAGAAGGACGAACUAAACAAGCCAUCAUUAGUGUGGGAAACCCUAAUAGUAGAUGAUGACGUAAUUCUAUCAUCAACAGAAACAGAAACCUCGAGGGAAAUCCAGAGCCCCUCUGAAGAUGAGAUUCCUCAGUCUCCUAAAUACAAUGAUUUUACUGAGUCAGACACUAUCCCGAAUUUAUCUGAUAACGUAGCUGGACCCAGUCCGAAGAAAACGUCAUUUGAGCUCAAGGUAUUCAACUUUAGAAAAGAAGCCCAUAUUUCUAAAAAAAAGAAACCCAAUGAAACCAGCAACCCACUCAUCGAUACCUGUGAUAAAAUUGGCCAAAGCUUAACUGCUUUCCUUGAACAAGGGCAGUCACAUAAAGAUAUACCAAAUAUCAAUCAGGGUGAUUACCACUUUGCAAUGUAG